AUGGCAUUGAAUCUCGAUAGAUUGUCCGUCGUGGCAGCCACGCUGAGCUUCCUAUUGAUUCUGGCCUGUACGGUGCCCGCGGCUCGCAAAACCAUCUGCCGACUGGCAAGAAAACAGCAGUCUAUCCAGUUAUCAACAGAGUCAGGAACGGCGCUCUUCGCGCCACAAGACAGUCUUCAGGCAUAUGAGGACGAAGAUGGCGUCGCGACGAAAGCCUCGCUGCAGGCAUUCUCAGACGGGUGGCAGAAAGUCGCCAUUAUGGUUUUGUCUGUCGUGGGAUUUCACCUCGCGUUGGCGUUGGCGGCGCUUUUCUGUCUUCAAUCCGUGGCUUUCUAUACGGAGCCGUCCUGCGUGCAGAGGUAUAGGCUUGCCAACUAUGCUUUCGUCGCUAGUCUGCUCGCUGCUGCUAUAGCAUGCAUGCAGAUCAGUACAUCCUCAUCAGGAGGGUACUCUCCCACGAGGGAAAUCAAGAACCUUCUAGUCAGCAUCAUAGCUAUUGCCAUUCUUCGCGCCAUGAUCGGUGCCAUGAUUCCACGCCGUCCAAGCGUCUACCAUGACGGCCAAGUAGUCGACCAGCAGCAGAGUGCUAGCAUGCUCGGCCGAUAUACCUACGAAUGGGUCAGCGACUUGCUCCACUACAUCCGAAGAAACAAAGGGUUAGAGAUUGACUGUCUGCCCAAACUACCUUUUGCAGUCCGCGCUCACGCUCUUCACGCGCAACUGGAGUCGGUCAGUCAUUCCUGCACGUUGUGGAGGGCUUUGGUGGUGCAGCAUUCUGGGACACUUAUCCUGCAGGCAGCCCUCAGUCUGAUCACCUCGGUGCUGAGCUUCGGGCCUCAGAUCGCGCUGUACGGAAUCUUGAGGACUUUGGAAAGUCGUCAGCCUGGCGAAAGCGUCGCUAUGAGCUCGUGGCUCUGGGUGGCUGGUCUAGGAGCAGCCUUGGUCUUGUCCCUAGGGAUCGAGUCGUGGCUGUGGUGGGUUAUUUAUUCUCGACUCUGGUUGCCUAUCUACGAGGGGCUCUCUGCGCUGGUGUUUGCCAAGUUGAUGCGUUGCAAAGAUGUAAAAGAGAAACCACCGUCGAAGCAGAGCUCAGAGGACGCGGGCGGGGAGGACGAUGGAGAGCAGGAGAAUCGCCAGAGCGUCAUCAAUCUGGCGACAGUGGACUCAAAACGAAUUGCGGACUUCGUCAUGUUCAACUAUCUCAUUCCGAGUUGUGCGACCCGCUUGCUAAUUGCGGCUGGCUUUCUUGUUCAUUUGAUCGGGUGGCCCAGUUUGCUGUGUGGACUCUCAGUGUUCGCCCUUGUUAUGCCAGUCAACGUGCUUCUAACCAAAAGAUACUCUGACUCCCAGGAAAGAUUUAUGAAAGCCACCGACAAGCGCGCGGCCGCCGUAGCGGAAGUGCUCCAUGGGAUUCGCCAGAUCAAAUUCGCCGCCAUGGAGCAGCAAUGGGAGGAUUGUAUAAGGGGGAGUCGCCAGGCGGAGCUAAAUCUCUUGCGGAGGACCUUGCUGUACAACACGGGGCUGGUGUCCGUAUGGAUCCUAGGCCCGAUGAUGAUGUCCGCAGUCUCCCUAACUGUCUAUUGUUUGACGAAUCAGGAACUCUCACCAUCGGUAGCCUUCACAACCCUGUCCGUUUUCGGGUCCAUCGAGUCCGCGCUUGCUAGCCUGCCGGAUCUCUUUUCCCGAGGCAUGGAGGCAAAGGUCAGCGCAGACCGCAUAGACGCAUACAUGGCGUCCGCUGAAAAGACUCCACACGCGGUGGAUGUGGAUGCGGUCUCAUUCCACUGUGCCUCCAUCGCUUGGCCAUCGGAGACAGAACCGGAACAGCAGUGCGAAUCUAGUGACCGUUUCAUCCUCCCCCAGUUGGAUCUACGGUUUCCACCCAAAGGCUUCAGCGUGAUCGCCGGUAAGACCGGCACGGGUAAAAGCCUUAUUCUCGCGUCUAUCCUCGGCGAAUGCGAUGUACUGGCCGGGUCAGUGGCAGUUCCUCAUGCGCCGUCGCUAGAAGAACGGUUCGAUCACCGAGCCAUCCAGGACAACUGGAUCAUCGACUCAGCCGUGGCAUACGUAGCGCAGAAUCCGUGGACGGAGUCUGCCUCGAUCCGCGACAACAUCUUGUUUGGACUUCCUUUCAGCAACUCCCGGUACCUCGAGGCCGUAUUUGCGUCCGGGCUCCAUAAGGACCUCACACUGUUGCUAGACGGCGACAUGACCGACAUUGGCGCCAAUGGCAUCAAUCUAAGCGGUGGUCAGCGGUGGCGGAUCUCGUUCGCUCGUGCGCUAUACUCGCGCGCGGGGAUCUUAAUCCUAGAUGAUAUCUUCAGCGCUCUGGACGCGGAGACAGGUCGCCAUGUGUACGAGCAUGGCCUCACCGGAGUGCUCGGGAGAGACCGUACUCGAAUCCUCGUUACACACCACAUCUCGUUGUGUCUGCCUCGGGCAGACUAUUUUGUGGUCCUCGACAAUGGAUCAGUGUCUCAUGCGGGCCCCGUGGAAGAGUUGGCGGAUCCGUCUCUGGCGCAGCUUCUGCAUGGACUGGAGACGGAAACCCCCGUGUCCCCGAUAGAGGCUAUCACAACCGAUCACGAAUGGUCUGGUAGAAAGCGCUUGUCGGUGGAUCCGAGUCCAGCUAUGCCUCCCUCCCACAUACCCAGAAAGUUCACGCAGGAUGAGAAGCGCGAGACAGGGUCGGUGUCAGCUAAGGUGUACGCAACCUACCUCCGUAAAGGGAGUGGUAAAGGGAGUGGGCUUACCCUAUGGCCGUUGGUCCUGCUUGGAGGUAUCAUGUUCAAUGCUUUGUCGGUUAGCCGGUCUUGGUGGGUGGGUGUCUGGACAAGCUCGACCGGGCAGUCCCAUAUAGCUCAAACAUCGACAAACAGCGAAGUGCUCUUCUAUCUCUCCGUCUACGUAGGCCUCUCUGUGGCGGCCUGCGUUGUGGGCACGCUGCGCUACUUUGUCCUCGUCCAUGCAAGUCUUCAAUCCUCCCGUCGGAUGUUCGAAGGACUGCUCGCAACCGUUCUCCGGGCACCUCCCCGGUGGCUGGAUACCGUCCCAGUCGGCCGCAUUUUAAACCGGUUCACGUCAGACAUUCACCUUCUUGAUUGGAGGCUGGGUUAUGAUCUGGGGCUCUUCCUGUACAAGGCGUUAGAGUUCACAGGCAUUCUCGUGGCCAGCGUGCUAGUCUCGCCCACUAUCUUGGUCCUUGCCGCAAUCUUGCUAGUCCCUUGUUUGUCAAUCUCGCGGUUCUACCUGACGGCCGCCCGCGAGAUCAAACGGCUCGAGAGCACUGCCAAAAGCCCCGUCAUGGAACAAUUCGGCUCCAGCCUGACCGGUCUGACGACCAUCCGCGCGUACGCCAAAACACAAGUGUACAUCCGGGAGAUGUACGCGCGGAUCGACCGUCACGCGCAAACGGCAUGGCAUCUGUGGCUCCUCAACCGCUGGCUGGCUCUGCGGAUGAGUGUCAUCGGCGCAGUCUUCUCGACGACGACGGCCGCCCUUGUCGUCUACACCCCCACCAUCUCCGCCGCCAUGGCCGGGUUCGCCAUCAGCUUUGCUCUGCAAUAUAACUAUGCAAUUUCCAUGGGUCUGCGGUUCUACGCCGACCUGGAGAUGGAUAUGAACGCGACGGAGCGCGUGCUGGAGUACUCCUCCAUGGAGACCGAAGACCAAGGAGGUCAUGACCCGCCCGCCGCCUGGCCGACACGCGGUCACAUCGAGGUAGAUAACCUGGUGGCCGGAUACGCUGCCGACCUGCCGGCUGUUCUGAACGGGCUAAGCUUCACUGUGGAACCCAACCAGCGAGUCGGCGUGGUGGGCCGCACAGGAUCAGGCAAGUCGUCCUUGACGCUGGCGCUCUACCGCUUCCUGGAGGCGCGCCACGGCCGUAUCCGAAUCGAUGGGCUGGACGUGUCUCGGAUGAAGCUGCAAGCGCUCCGCAGCCGGCUAGCCAUCAUCCCCCAGGAUCCCGUGCUAUUCUCGGGGACUCUGCGCUCAAAUUUAGAUCCGUUUGGCGAGCACACGGACGAGGAGUUGUGGAACGCCCUGGAAAGGGUACACAUGGUGUCCUUCGAAGAUAACCGGACGCUUGGAUCUCAGCACAGCACAAAAUCCUUAACCAGCAGCCCUACUCUAGCUUCUUCCUGGUCGUCUGCCUCAUCCAUCAACUCUUCCGCCAAGCCAUCCUUCAGCGGGAUCGCCUCCCUGAACACCGCAGUUUCCGAAGGGGGCUCCAAUCUCUCACAAGGGGAGCGACAGCUCCUAUGUCUUGCGCGAGCCAUCGUGUCCCAGCCCAAGAUCAUGAUCCUGGAUGAAGCCACGUCAGCCGUCGACAUGGAGACCGACGCCCUCAUCCAGCGGUCUAUCCGGACGGAGUUCGGACGCCGGGCGUCAUCACUACUCGUCAUCGCCCACCGACUCAGCACCAUCGCUGAUUUUGACCGCAUCUUGGUCAUGGAUGCGGGUAAGGCUGUGGAGUUCGGUCCGCCGCGAAAGCUUCUCGCUAUUGAGGGCGGCGUGUUUCGGAAUUUGGUAGAGAAUAGUGGUGAGAGGGCGCUCGUGGAGGCGAUCAUUCUGCGUGGAUAGUGAGGUGGGUCUGACUGCUUUGAAGGAAAAGUAAGGGGAGUAAUGAAGAAAUCGACGUUGCUUGGAUAUCAUAGUUAGUU